GAAAGUAAUUUAGAUGAAACACAGCGCAGCAGUCAGGAAGUCUAUAAAGAAAACUCAAUAUCCAUGAAAACUUUCUCAACAAGAUAAUCCGCGACAAACUUUGUGUUGACAUGGCAGCAGCCAGCAGUCUCCUCUCAGAAGAUCAGUUUCGGUGCUGCAUCUGUCUGGAUGUGUUCACUGAUCCGGUCACCGUGCCAUGUGGACACAACUUCUGCAAGAGCUGCAUCACAGAACACUGGAAUAUUAAUGUUCAGUGCCGGUGUCCCAUGUGUAAUAAAAUUUUUGACAGGAGACCGGAGUUGUAUGUCAACAUGUUCAUAUCUGAGAUGGCUGCUCAGUUCAGACAGUCAGGUGGAAAGGAAAUGCCCAGCAGCUCAGAGCAACAACGAGCCAGACCAGGAGAGGUUCUCUGUGAUAUCUGCACUGAAACCAAACUGAAGGCCCUGAAGUCCUGCCUAAUGUGUCUGACCUCAUACUGCGAAACUCACCUGGAGCCUCAUCAGAGAAUCACCGGCCUGAAAAAACACAAGCUGAUCGACCCUGUGGAGAACCUGGAAAGCAGGAUGUGUAAGAAGCACGAGAGGCCCCUGGAGCUGUUCUGCAAGACUGACCAGAGGUGUGUGUGUCGGUUCUGCAGCGAGGCAAGUCAUAAGAGGCAUCAUAGUGUUCCUCUGAAAGAUGAAUAUGAAACAAAGAAAGCUGCACUUGGGAAGACAGAGGCUAAAGUUCAGCACAUGAUCCAGGAGAGACAACGGAAGAUUCGGGAGGUCAAACAUUCAGUGGAGCUCAGCAAGGAAGAUGCGGACAGAACGCUAGCAGACGGUGUGCAGGUCUUCUUUAAUAUGAUGCAGUCUGUCGAGGAAGGCCUGGCUCAGCUCAUAGGCACGAUUGAAGGGAAGCAAAAAACAACAGAGAAUCAGGCCAAAGGCUUCAUCAAAGAGCUGGAGAUGGAAAUCUUCGAGCUGAUGAAGAGACGCUCUGAGCUUGAGCAGCUCGCUCGCACUGAGGACCACCUCCACCUCCUUCAAAGCUUCCCAUCCUUGGACACUGCUCUACCCACCAAGGACUGGACAGAGGUCAGAGUUCACUCAUCAUACGAGGGGACUGUGAGGAGAGCUGUGGCUCAGCUGGAGGAGACACUCCGUAAAGAGAUGAAGAAACUGCUCGCGGCUGAACUGAAGACAGCCCAGCAGUAUGCAGUGAAUGUGACUCUCAAUCCAGAAACAGCCCAUCCUAAACUCAUCCUGUCUGAUGACGGGAAACGAGCAGCUCAUGGCGACGUGAAACAGAAUCUUCCGGACAACCCAGAGAGAUUUACCUCAUGCUGUGGUGUGUUGGCGAAUCAGAGUUUCUCUUCGGGAAGAUUUUACUAUGAGGUUCAGGUUAAAGAGAAGACUGGCUGGACUUUAGGAGUGGCCAGAGAGUCGACAAACAGGAAGGGAGAAAUUAAAGUUUGCCCCAGGAAUGGAUACUGGACUGUCUGGUUGAGAAAUGGAAAUGUAUAUCACGCUAACACCAGCCCUCCUGUCCGUCUCGCGCUGAAGUCAAAGCCUCAGAAGGUGGGGGUGUUUGUGGAUUAUGAGGAGUGUCUGGUCUGUUUUUAUGAUGUAGAUGCUGAAGAUCAUAUCUACUCCUUUACUGGCUGUAAGUUCAGAGUGAAACUCCAUCCAUACUUCAGUCCAUGUCUCAACGACGGUGGUAGAAACUCUGCCCCUCUGAUUAUCUCGCCUGUCAAUAACACAUAUUUGACUAAUGAGUAGAUUUUCUAAAGAUAAGACUUCACAUUAACGUAAUACUAAAAGGGGGUGCUUGUAGUGAUGAUCCCACACCUUUAUAGAGCCUUUUAGCUCAUUGUUUUAGGUGUAGGAGUCAUGCGUUUACUGCUUUUAUAAACCAACACAUUCUGACUCCCAACUCUACAAAUAUGGGCGCUUGGUCAAGACCCCUUGGCCUCGCUUUUUAACGUCCUGGCCUUGGAUACCCUGUUUAUGCAGCAGCCCUAUUCUAGCAUUCACCUUUUGUUAGCAUCAGCUUGGAAGCGUGCUUGUAUAUUAGGAGGAUUUGACACAUAGUUAAGUAUGAGCUUGAUUACAUUUCAUUUUUGGGAGCCGGCCCAUAUAAAAGGGAGGCCUCAGUAUUAGUGUGUGUUUUGCAUAAAUGAACAAUGAGAGGGUGGCCGGACAGAUGCAGAGUGGCUGGGUCUCUUGAGACUGGAAACAGAGGGAGCUGUUGGAAUACAAUGUUGAGCCUUCUUAAAAUGUCGCAGCCCUAAAUGAACAAAACACAGAUGAAGGCAGGUUUAUACUGUCAGCCUGAAAGCACGAGUUAGGUAGUGAAAGUGGUCCGAUUUACCUGAACAGUCAAAAAACAAAUAAAACAAAUAAAAAAUAAAAUAAAAGCCUCAAAAAAAAUGGUUUAAGACCCCAAAGAUUUGUGUUAGAUCUCUUUUAAUGAACGAGACAAUGCCAUUUUUGGUAGCUCUAUUUUCUCCACAGACGUUGCAUAUUAAGGCUGUUUACACCUGGCAUCAGAAUGCAUUUUGGGUGAUCGGGUAGCACUUGACCACGUGAAAGUACAUGUGUAAAUGCAGACAAACAGAUUGUGAUCCGAGCAAGAAAGGGAAGCAAAUGCGUUGUCUAUCCUCAUACAACAGCUUCUUGGACGGAAAUAUGUACAGCCUGUAAAUAAAAUACAAA